CUUCAGUUCACUUCCACGUCGUCCGAUAUGCGGUGGUUAUAUUCACUCCUUGCCCUUCCUUUUGUCCUUGCAGCCUCUUCAGAAACCCACCAGAAGCUAGUUUCUCUCGCUGCUGCUGGCAACGGCGUCAUCAAGCUUGAUUCUGACACGUACGAGCUCUUGACUGCCUCUCGUCGCGACUGGUCGGCCUCAAUCCACUUUACCGCCCUUGACCCUCGUCGAAGAUGCAUGCCUUGCAAAGAAUUCAAUCCGUCGUGGAACUCAGUCGCCAAAGCUUGGUCUAAAGCACCAAAAGCUACACGAGACACCCACUUCUUUGCAACCCUAGACUUUGAUGAUGGACAAGCAGUUUUCUCGAAACUCGGACUCACUUCUGCUCCCGUCGUUUUCAACUAUUCUCCCACUGAAGGCCCGCGCGCGUCCAGCAAAUCCCCUUCGCGUUACGACUUCUCCCACGGGUUUGAGCCGGAGCCGCUCGCCCAGCAUCUUUCGAACCAUACCCCGAUUCCGAUUCCAUACACCCCACCUUUUGACUGGGCUAAAUGGAUCACCGUUGCUGCUGGGCUGCUCACCUUCGCUGUCACUAUCCGUUUCAUCUCUCCAAUACUCCAGAGUCGCUGGACAUGGGCCAUUGGGACUAUUGUCACUGCCCUAGUUAUGACUUCAGGGCAUAUGUUCACCCGCAUUCGUAAUGUGCCUUAUGUUGGACAAGAUGGGAGCUGGAUUGCUGGUGGAUAUCAGAAUCAGUUUGGGCAGGAAGUCCAAGUCAUUUCAAUCGUUUACGGCACUCUUGGGUUUUCGUUCCUCAUGCUUGUCAUGGUGAUUCCCUACCAAACUUCAGGCCAACGCCAGCGCGUGCAGGUCUAUUUGUGGACGACUAUUAUCAUGCUUGUCUACUCUAUCCUGAUUGUCCUCUUCAAAGUCAAAAACAGAGGCUACCCCUUCAGACUGCUAUUGUAA